AUGGCACCAAGUGCCACAUCAUCCACCUCUGUACCCAAGCUGCUCUCUCCCUCGAGCGGCAGCGGCUCUGGCACCGACGAGUUCGACAUCAUCUCGUGCUACCACUCGCUCCUCUCUUCGGAUGCCGAAUUGCCGUUUCCGAUCGCGGCGAUCUUUGCGCUUGCGGAGCUGGUGUCCAAAUCGCGCGCGGCGACGACUUCGGAGUUGAUGGAGAACAUCCGUUCAGCCUCGCAUCGACUCAAAGCUUCGCUCGAAAAUCCGGUGCCUGCAACGGCGGGGUUGGAUCUGUUUACGCGGUUUGUGGUGACCAAGUCGUGGGAUACGGGCGACGACUUUGAAGCGCACAAGGCGUCGCUCGCCGCGCUGGCGCACGAGUUCGCCGUGCAUACAGUGCCGUCGUGUCGCGAAAAGAUCUGCGAGCUGGUGCUGCCGUUCAUUAGCGACGAUAGUGUGGUGUUGACGCAUUCGUAUUCGCGCGUGGUCAUGCAGGCGCUCAAAUUCGCCGCACUCCACCAGCGAAAGCGCAUCUCGGUCUACGUCACCGAAUCCCGCCCCCACGGCCUAGGCUUGAGGACGUACAACCAACUUGUCAGCUACGGUAUUCCGUGCACGGUGAUUUUGGACUCGGCAGUGGCGUAUACAAUGCCCAAGGUGGAUUUGGUCCUAACGGGUGCCGAGGGAGUCGUCGAGUCUGGCGGGUGUCUGAAUGCAGUCGGGACGUAUGGGAUGGCGAUUAUCGCAAAGGCAUGCAACAAACCCUUCUUCGCCCUCGCCGAGAGCUUCAAGUUUUUGCGCAUGUUUCCGCUCAACCAGUACGAUCUGCCCACCAACAAUACCAACCGAAACCUGCUCGCCUUCCCCGAUCUCGAUGCCCAACCUACCGACGCCAAGACAGGCGAGACAGACCCAGAGCACGCAACCCCCAAACUCGGCGCCCAUCAAUCGUUGCAAAUGUCGCGCGCACAGGAACUACUCAACCCCGCCAUCGACUAUACUACGCCGGACCUGGUGACGUUUUUGUUUAGCGACGUGGGCGUGCUCACGCCCUCGGGUGUAGGCGAUGCCCUCCUCGCCGUCUACGGUGGAGCCGACUAG